GUCAGAAGUGCAGGCGCGGUGACUCAUUCUAUUUCUGGCAUCUCAACUUCGUUACUUCCCUCUCAUCUCGGGCACUCGAGUCAACUCUCUUAGCUUUAUAAGGGACCACCCAGCCCCAAGCAGCUCACGUCCCAGCGACGCAAACUCAUUUCAGAGACCUACUUAUCCACACAAGAUAAUGGGAGAGCAGACUGGACGUCGCCCGGUCCUACCAGAAGCUGGAAAGCGGAAUGUUCUUAUCACAAGCGCCUUGCCGUACGUGAACAAUGUUCCUCAUCUAGGCAACAUCAUAGGAUCAGUCUUGUCUGCAGAUGUUUUUGCCAGGUAUUGCAGAGGAAGGGGCCUCAAUACUCUGUACAUCGGCGGAACGGAUGAGUACGGAACGACAACAGAGACGAAGGCCUUGCUAGAAAAUUGCACACCCCAAGAACUUUGCGACAAGUACCACGACUUGCAUGCCGAGAUCUACAAGUGGUUCAACAUCAGCUUCGACAUCUUUGGCCGAACGACGACUCAGCUCCAGACAAGCAUUACGCAGGAUAUCUUCCUGAAGCUGAAGGAGAAUGGAUUUCUCAAAGAGCAGAUGACGACCCAGCUCUACUGCGAAGUCCAUCAUUCGUUUCUAGCGGAUCGCUUCGUCGAAGGGGAAUGCCCGGUCGGUGGUUACGCAGAUGCUCGAGGUGAUCAAUGUGAUCUUUGCGGUCAGCUGCUGGAGCCUCUUGAACUUAAGAACCCCCGUUGUAAAGUUGACGGUUCCACUCCGAUUACCAGGGAUAUCAAACACAUUGAGACGUUCUUCCAAGGAUCAGCACAAAAUGGUGGAUGGUCCAACAACGGCAAAGUGAUCACAUCUGCCUGGCUUAAAGCAGGGCUGCAUCCACGCAGCAUUACCAGGGACCUGAGGUGGGGAACGGCAGUUCCUCUACCGGGCUACGAAGAGAAGGUCAUCUAUUCUUGGUUCGAUGCCUGCAUUGGUUACGUUUCCAUCACGGCUUCGUACACCGAUGAGUGGCAACAAUGGUGGCGAAACCCUGACAACGUCCAGCUCUAUCAGUUCCUCGGGAAAGACAAUGUUGUCUACCAUUCGGUGAUAUUCCCAGCCACGCAGAUCGGCACCCGAGAGACCUGGACGAAGCUACACCACCUCUCGACGACCGAAUACCUCACCUACGAAGGCGGCAAGUUUUCCAGAUCUCGCGGUAUUGGCGUGUUUGGGGAAUCGACCCGGAAGACCGGCGUUCCUUCCGACGUUUGGCGCUACUACCUGAUCUCUCGGCGCCCAGAGACUUCGGAUAGCGAGUUCAAUUGGGACUCGUUUAUAGCUGCCAACAACGCGCUCCUGAAAAACCUGGGCAACUUUGUCAAUCGGGUGCUCGAGUUCGUCAAUGCCAAGCACUUCAAUAACAUCAUACCCGGUCAAGCAGACGUUCAUGAUCCGUCAUUUGAAGUUCUGAAGGACGAAGUGAACCAACUCCUUGCCCAGUACAUCGAAGAGCUUGAUUCCGUCAAGCUUCGGUCCGCCCUGUCUACUGUCCUCUCCAUCUCGCAGCAAGGGAACGGUUUUCUUCAGUCAAACAAGCUGGAUAAUAAGCUUGCGGAGAAUGAGCCAUCCAAAUGUGCGGCCGUGGUCAAUCUUGCCGUCAAUCUUAUUCAUCUCCUCGCCUCUCUCGUUGCUCCGUUCUUGCCGGAUACGGCGAGUUCAAUAAACAGGCAGCUUCGGAUCGAACCCUUACCGAUUCCCACACGUUGGAAUGCAGAUUCCAUCAAACCUGGCCAUGAGAUCGGAAAGGCUGAAUACCUAUUCAGCAACAUUAAGCCGGAGAAAGGCGAGCAAUGGCGCGAAAUGUUCGGCAGCGCAGAGGCGAAGAAGGUCAAGGUGGAAGAAGCCGAGAGGAAGGCAAAGAAAGAGACGGCGACGAAAGCGGGAAACAAGCAGGAACUUGCCUCCAAGGAACAGUUGAAACCACAAACGGCAGCCAACUGA